CGGUACCGCCCCUUCAAGGGAGACACUUAAAGGGCCGGCUAUUCAGCAGCAGCGGGAUGUCCCCGCGCUGACCGCCCCGGGCCCGUGCCCGCCCGUGUAGAUGCGCCUGGGCCAACCCCGCGCAACCAUGUAAACGGCGCCCGCAAGCAGACGCUGGCUUCUCCGCCCGCGACACCUCUGCCCUGCCCCGGGCCCCAGGGCCCUCGAUGAGGAAACACCAUGCUGACCGGGGUGACCGAUGGGAUCUUCUGCUGCCUGCUAGGCGCGCCACCCAAUGCAGUGGGGCCACUGGAGAGUGUGGAGUCCAGCGAUGGCUACACCUUUGUGGAAGUCAAACCUGGCCGAGUGCUGCGGGUGAAGCAUGCUGGACCCGCUCCAGCCCCCACCCCAUCUCCACCACUGUCGGACACUGCCCAGGGGGACCAAACCGGCUUGGUCCGCUGCCAGCGCAGAAUCACCGUGUACCGCAAUGGGCGGUUGCUGGUGGAGAACCUGGGCCGGGCACCACGAGCUGACCUCCUGCAUGGGCAGAACGGCUCUGGGGAGCCACCAGCCGCCCUAGAGGUAGAGCUGGCGGACCCAGCCGGUAGCGAUGGCCGCUCGGGCACAGGCAGUGCUGGGAGUGGCAGUGGUGGGCGACGGAGGCGAGCUCGACGCCCCAAGCGGACCAUCCACAUUGACUGUGAGAAGCGCAUCACCAGCUGCAAGGGCGCCCAGGCCGACGUGGUGCUCUUUUUCAUCCACGGCGUCGGUGGGUCCCUGGCUAUUUGGAAGGAACAGCUGGACUUCUUUGUGCGCCUGGGCUACGAGGUAGUAGCGCCCGACCUGGCCGGUCAUGGGGCCAGCUCAGCACCCCAAGUGGCCGCCGCCUACACUUUCUAUGCGCUGGCAGAGGACAUGCGUGCCAUCUUCAAGCGCUAUGCCAAGAAGCGAAAUGUGCUCAUUGGGCAUUCCUAUGGCGUCUCCUUCUGCACGUUCCUGGCGCACGAGUACCCAGACCUGGUGCACAAAGUGAUCAUGAUCAACGGUGGGGGCCCCACAGCACUGGAGCCCAGCUUCUGCUCCAUCUUCAACAUGCCCACGUGUGUCCUGCACUGCCUGUCACCCUGCCUGGCUUGGAGCUUCCUCAAGGCCGGCUUUGCUCGCCAAGGGGCCAAAGAAAAGCAGCUGCUGAAGGAGGGUAACGCGUUCAACGUGUCUUCCUUUGUGCUUCGGGCCAUGAUGAGUGGCCAGUACUGGCCUGAGGGCGACGAGGUCUACCACGCCGAGCUCACUGUGCCCGUCCUGCUCGUCCAUGGCAUGCAUGACAAAUUUGUGCCGGUGGAGGAAGACCAGCGCAUGGCCGAGAUCCUGCUCCUGGCCUUCCUGAAGCUCAUAGACGAAGGCAGCCACAUGGUGAUGCUGGAGUGUCCAGAGACAGUCAACACACUCCUCCACGAAUUCCUGCUCUGGGAGCCGGAGCCCUCGCCCAAGGCCCUGCCUGAGCCCCUGCCCGCGCCCCUGGAGGAAAAGAAGUAGCAGCUGAGCUGGCUGGGUAUCGCUUAGUGAGCCUUAGUGAGCCGAGGAGCAGGAGAAGGAGGCCAGAGCCGGCAUCAGGUCUGCAGCGCAGACCGCCUGGGGUGCCAUUCACUCCAGUAGGCAGGGUCAGGUUACGGAGAUGCCCCCAGGCCGGCUGGGCAGGACGUGGCAUUCGUGGGAGCCAGGUGGUGGACACACUGCUCUCUGCUAGUCCUGCAGGGCCCAUCGCUGUUUCCGGGCCAUAGCCAGGACCCCUGCAGAGGAUGACCUUGUACAGAAACCCCCUCCCCCACAACCCCAGGGCCGAAGUAGGCCCCCACCCCCGCUCUCUGUCUUCCGUGUCAGCCGUGCUUGAUCCUGGGACCCAUGAGCCCCACAGGGACCCUCCCCCAAUGCCCAAGACCCCUUAACGCCCCCAUUCCUCGGCGCUGGGAGCUAUUGUUUCCCAAGGGGGGAGGGUUUGGGAGGGGGCUGGCGCCACCGAACCUGCACAUCUCAACUUGUAACUCAAUAAAAAGAAGUGACAAUCUGA